AUGGCGGAUUGUUCACAUAAUGCCGGACGUUUACAGUUUGUGCCAGUGUUGCCUCCGAUUAUAAAAAACCUGAACUUUGCUUUCAACAAUCUGACCCACCUGCCUUCAGACUUCUUUAGUAACGUGACCCAGCUUUCCUCUAUAAAUCUGACUGGCAACGGACUUUACUCCAUCGACCAGCAUGCCUUACGCGGUUUACGAAAUCUGACUAAUAUAACUCUUGAUAACAACAAUCUAGAUUUCUACUCUGUGCGACCAGUUCUGAAUGUAUCUUCGUUAGUUCAGCUGUGGAUGUCCAAGAACUACAAUCUUACCUACAUUCCUGACAACAUAUUCUUGGAGUUUUCAUUACCACACUUGAGAGACUUGGUUAUUAGUGGAAUCAAUUUGCGAGUUUUCAAUAUGAGUGUUUUCAAACCGCUCAAGAAGCUCUUUUUUUUGGACGUGGGUAACAAUAAGGUACAGAGUAUUGUAGUAGACAGUUUGCCGUCGCUCAAUAUCCUUCUCCUCAGCAGUAAUAACAUUAAAGAUAACUUCAUACAGACAUGUUCCAAUACAAACGAGUCGCUUUAUCCAAUGCUGCGCUAUCUCAGUCUAAAGAAUAACAAAAUUUAUAGCCUAGACCGGGAUGUCUGUCUGCCAAACGUAGAACAUUUAGACCUUGAACGAAACCAGUUGCGCUUUUUAAGUACGGGUGGUUUCUUGAGCCUUCGAAAGCUUCGAGUACUUAUCUUGUCAGGCUUACGACUUAAAGAAAUCCAACCUCAGGCUUUCGCAAGCAACUCCCUGGAAACUGUGUACAUGUCAAGUAGCGAGAUUGAUUUUUCUAGUAAUUCAAUCAGUGCACAAAUGUUUGAUCAGUGCCCAAAACUUUCCUUCCUUCUGCUGAAUUACAAUGAUUUUUCUAAAGUCAACGACACAAAAUUUCAAAACCUUUUUCAACGUAUCCCCAUGCUUACUACGGUCUACCUGGGUUAUUUAAAGAUCAAAACUAUCACAUCUGAUACAUUCAAAGGUCUGUCUCAUGUUAAGGUGCUGAAUUUGUAUUCAAACGCCAUCGAAGAUCUUCCAGACGGCGUCUUUGACCAUCUUGUCAACUUGACGAUCCUUCGUGUUGACGACAAUCGUCUGUCAGAGAUAAGGGAGACAACCUUCAGUGUCAACACUCGCCAACGUCUUCGCCUACUGGACCUGAGCGGCAAUCCGUACGCGUGCACGUGCAGCUUGAGGUGGUUCCGAUCCUGGCUGAUGGACGAAAGUGAAAAGUUUAUAAACUUUCCGACAGGUUAUGUGUGCGCUCCUUUCUCAUCCAGCAGCAGUAAACAAGUGGGAACAACAGCUGUCAUGGCUGAUAUCCGUGAGGCCGGCAAGUACAGCAAACAGUUGUCUGAGUUUCCUAAGCCCAAAUCGCAGCCCAGCUCACGACAUUUCCAGAAGGUAUUUCACCAGCAGCCCUUAGUCUCAACAAACACAGAAAUAUCAGUUUCUGGAUCACAAGGCAAGGUCUUUCUACCACCUGUCCACUCCUCCGUUUACUUAUCUGAUUUUUUUCUGAGCGAUCAAUCGUGUCUGUUGAGUCAGUCCACCAGUCUGUUGACGGCAGUUCUGGCGGCAGUGCUGGUGUUGUUCAUGCUGACCUUCCUGGUGCUGUACAAGUACCGCUGGCACAUUCGCCUGGCGCUGUACGAGGCUUUUCGAGGAAACCCGCAACGACGACGACAACAACCUGAGCGCGAGUACGAGUAUGAUGUGUUCGUGUCGUACGCCAACGAGGACGUGGACUGGGUGAGACAGGAACUCAUACCGACACUCGAAGGGAGACACGGGCUGAGGCUGUGCAUCCACCAGCGAGACUUCCCUGUCGGCGGCAACAUCAUCGACAACAUCAGCACCUGUGUGCACGCGUCCAAGCGUGUCCUCUUUGUGUUGUCGCCGCACUUCGCCAGGAGCCGCUGGUGUCAGUUUGAACUGGUGUUCUGUCAAAACUACGUCAUGGAACGCGAUGACGUCAUAGUGCUGACGCUGCUGGCGCCCAUUAGCGGUCGUGACAUGACUGACGCCAUCUCCGCCAUGUUUAAGACGACGACUUACCUGGCGUGGGGCGAGGAAGACGACGCGAGAAAGGCUUUCUGGGGUCGUCUGGUGCUGGCUUUCCACGACAUUGUGCCUCGACAGGCGGCGUGAUGAGCGGUAGUGAGA